UCUAAAGGGAAAUUUUUUAGUAUUGAAACAUGUCGUACGCUCAGCCUGGGGGUAAGAGACAGAAGGUUCGGGAAGUGAGAGGAUCUGAUAACGUUGAUUAUUUUCAAGGCAUAGAGAAAGUAGAGUAUAAUAACAUGGCAACAUCCACGGAUACAAAUAGUUACCGUUACUACAACAGUAGUGAGAGGGUCCACUCUAGAAGCAUGGAGGACUGGCUCAAAUAUAGCGUUUCGUUGACAGAGUUUAGAUAUAAUGGUUCAGACACACAAGGCAGACCAACGUUCUGUCGAUCUUGGGAUGACAGCUCCAACACCAUAGACAAUUACAAACGUUGCAUCAAAGCGUUCUACGACUUCUGUACUAAACUUGGCAUCAAAUACUGGACCGCUUUCGAUACAGAUUUAGUUCCGCAGACAGAUAACUGGGAGGAGAAUAAAUCCAAUUGGGAUGAAAUUGUUGAAUACAUAAGUGAAUUGUCGCAAAGAAGCCAAAUUAAAUUGAUGUGGUUAGCGCCUGAUUUACAUUCGCAUCCGAAAUAUAUAUCUGGUGCUUUUACGAGUAACGAGGCUUCAACGUUCGUGCAAGCGGCGACGCAGAUAAAAAAAUGCUUAGAAGUGUCACAACGUUUGAACGUGGAAUGCUUUCUCUUAUGGCCAUACAGAGAAGGCUACAACGCCAUCUUCCAGACAGAUGUUGCCAAAGAAAUAAAAUUAUUCUCCAAACUUUUAAAAAUAACAGCAGAGUACAAAGACAGGCUUAAUUAUAAGUGUCAAUUGCUUAUAAUGCCGUAUUAUAGUAGCUUCGGGAGGAAUUAUGGCGGUUAUGGUAAUUUAACAUGGCAGCCCCAGAACACUUGGGACGGGGAUGUCCUGAACCGAUAUAUGUGGGAUAUAACGAGUUGCUUGUACUUUUUGAAAUUCCAUAACUUGGAUCGUUAUUAUAAAGUCUGCACUCCACCUGGACAUCAUAUGUAUAUGGCCGGCGUAUACAACAUGUUUGGCGGUGUUGCCAUAACGAAUCAGUUCGACCAAUCCGACAUCAAAACCAUUACAUUGAUGAUGAAAUGUAUUAUAGAUCAAAGUUCAGCUCCCUCUGGUGGGAUCAAUCUAAGGAUAGUACCGAAACGCGAUUGUGACCUCCGUGAUCUGAUGACGUCACAGGUCAAAUACAUCGAUGCUCUUGCAAAAGGUCUGAGGGUCGCAUGUAACGUGAUUUCUGAACAAGUCUUCGUUAAGCAUUUACAGCAACGUUACGCUUCGUAUUAUAGCGGUAUCGGCUCUCGCUUAAUGUCUGGUGAUGUUUCUAUCGAAGAGUGCGAAGAAUUUUACAAAAAAAAUCAAGCUACCAGUGAAAUAAUUUGUACGAAAUCCGAACAUUACAACAUAGUAUUUCAACGCUAUUUAGAUACAUGCGAUCAUGUAUAAUAUAUUAUAUUAACCGUCAUGGUCGUCUGGUAAAAA